UCGAGGUCUGUCCUAUCCGCUCCCUUCGCAAAGGCAUAGGUGUGGAGAAGAUGGUAAACUUUUGAUAUCUGUGCGGUUUUCUCCUUGUUUUCUCUUAUUGUACAACCGACCCAAUCGUGUUGUUCUGUUCUUAUGUCCCUAGAGUGGAUAUGCACAUUAACUCAGCUUUUCUUGCUAUGUUCGG